CUGAUGGAAAGUGGAAACCCUAAGUCCCUAACGGUGAGCACCGGAGGCAAAAUCAAGAACACUCUCGAAAUCACUCACUCCAGAAGAAAAAAAUGGUGAACACCAGAAUCAAGAAAACCCUUAAACCCUCCUUCUCACAAGCUUCCACGGAGGAUUCGGAUCAUCAAUCGACUGAAUCUGGAGCUUUGAUUGGUUCCAAUGAUGACAUUUUAACCGAAAUUCUCCUCCGCCUCCCUGUUACCUCCAUCCUUCGCUUCAAAUCUGUUUCCAAACACUGGUAUUCGCUUUUGAGUCACAGCCAUCUCACCCAAAGGUAUGAUCACCUUUCUAAAUCCCCUGGUCUUUUUGCUCACGAUAAAUAUCUCCCCUUUGAUGCUGAAGACCCAAGCACUCCUCCUUUUAGCAGUCUUGAUUCCUACUUUGAUCUUCCGGAUGUCAGAAUCGUGCAAUCUUGUAAUGGCUUACUACUUUGCUACACUGACCGUGGGCCCAAAGGCCGCAAAGCUGCUCUUAAGUAUUACGUCUUUAAUCCCACCACCAAACAAUUGGCAGUCAUCCCACCGAUUUGCGGAGGUUCUAAAGUUCGUAAAACAAUCCGUUUUAUGGGUCUGGCAUUUCAUCAAACAGAUUGUGUUCACUACAAAGUUGUUUGUGUUCGUCGUCUUGAGCCUGGUGUGGAUUUGUUUCAGAUUCAAGUCUACUCGUCUGAUACAAAGAAAUGGGAGAUGACUAGCGAAUCUUUCUGUAUAUGUAAACACGUUUUAUUCGGCCACGGAGUUUACUGGAAUGGAGCUGUUCAUUGGGUUCCGUUUUCUGGCUGUCCGUUUUACUUUAAACUAGAUGUUGAACAGUUGCAUAUGUUGCCUUUGCCGGAGGGCUAUACGUCUUCCGAGAUAUUCAUAAUGUACUUUGGAGAAUCUGGAGGUCAUCUACAUCUAGUAGUACAGAAGAAUCGUGAAGAUAAUUAUUUACGUCUGAAUGUGUAUGAGAUGUUGAGCGAUCAUUCGGGUUGGUUUGUCAAGUAUCAACUACAGCUUGAUGAACUUCUGGAUUCUUUCCCGGAGAUGAUCUCUGAGUACGCUUGUUAUUUUAAAGUCAUUGAUGUGGUUAGAGGCGAAGAAGAAGAAGAUACAUUCAUCGUUCUGAACACUAGUGAAAAGAUUAUAACAUACAAUGUUCAUGACAAGAGUUUCAAACAGGUAUCUAGUUUCACCGGGUACUUAUUUGAAGACAAUUCAAUGUUUCAUCCAGUUUAUCAUCGUUACACCGAAACCUUGUCUUCCUUCUAAAUGACAUUUUGGUUUGUUUAUCUUAUUUAAAUUGUUAAGGUAUUUGAAUGUGUUGUUUAAAAAAGAUUUAGUUAAUUAGUUAUGUAAUUUACGCUUAGCCUAUUGUUAAUAUGCUUUUUAUUUGUA